CUAUUGGUGCAAUUAUUGACAUGCCAGCCAAUCAUGAGCAGCCACGGUCAAGCUUCCUAGGAAAGCUGGCAGCAGUGCACAGCCAACAAAGUGUUUCUUCUCUAAUGGAACUGACGGCGGCUUCACAAUUUACAGCAUAAUAUCUCCUCUGCCAGCAGCCGCACCUGAUGUUGCAGGGUCCCUCCCCGCCCUUGAGCGCCAAGAUGAGGACAGCAGUGAUGACGGGUGCCAGCCUGGCACUUACAGCUGCGGUGGUGGCUCACGCUUAUUACCUCAAGCACCAGUUCUACCCAACAGUUGUUUAUCUGACCAAGUCGAGUCCCAGUAUGGCUGUGCUUUAUAUACAAGCGUUUGUCCUAGUCUUCCUCCUAGGAAAGUUCAUGGGCAAGGUAUUUUUUGGUCAGUUGAGAGCAGCUGAGAUGGAGCACCUCCUGGAGCGCUCGUGGUAUGCAGUCACAGAGACCUGUCUGGCUUUCACGGUCUUCAGGGAUGACUUCAGCCCACGUUUUGUGGCCCUCUUCACUCUUCUGCUGUUUUUAAAGUGUUUCCAUUGGUUGGCUGAGGACCGUGUUGAUUUUAUGGAGCGCAGUCCGAACAUUUCCUGGUUAUUUCAUUUCCGUAUUCUUGCACUGAUGCUCCUGCUGGGUGUGCUGGAUGUUCUCUUUGUGUCUCACGCUUACCACAGUUUGGUCACCAGAGGGGCCUCCGUGCAGCUGGUAUUUGGAUUUGAGUAUGCAAUACUAAUGACGAUGAUCCUCACAGUCUUCAUAAAGUAUGUCCUGCACUCUGUGGACCUUCAGAGUGAGAAUCCAUGGGACAAUAAAGCUGUAUACAUGUUAUACACUGAACUACUGACAGGCUUUAUAAAGGUUUUGCUGUACAUGGCCUUCAUGACAAUCAUGGUUAAAGUCCACACAUUCCCACUAUUUGCAAUUCGGCCAAUGUAUCUGGCAAUGAGGCAGUUUAAGAAGGCGGUCACUGAUGCCAUCAUGUCAAGGAGAGCAAUCCGCAACAUGAACACAUUGUAUCCAGAUGCUACACCAGAGGAGCUGCAGGCAAUGGACAAUGUGUGCAUCAUCUGCAGGGAGGAGAUGGUGACAGGAGCUAAGAGACUUCCCUGCAACCACAUCUUCCACACCAGCUGUCUGCGUUCUUGGUUCCAAAGACAGCAGACUUGUCCCACAUGUAGAAUGGAUGUCCUCAGAGCUUCUCUGCCUACUCAAACUCAGCCACCUGCAGAUCAGCCUGACCCUGCCCAGCAGCCUCACGCAGCACCUGCACAACAGACUCCAGUUCUCCCACCACCACCUAACUUCCCUCCAGGGAUGCUUCCACCAUUCCCUCCUGGAAUGUUUCCACUUUGGCCUCCAGUGGGUCCUUUUCCACCAGCCCCUGGGGCUCCUGGAGCCAGUGCCCCUGAAGAAGCCAGUGCUGGACCCUCCACUGCAUCUGCUCCUAGGCCUUCUGAUGCAUCUACCACUGGUGGUCCUGAUUCAUCAGCUGGGACAUCUCUGCCAGGUUUUCCCUUCCCACCUCCAUUUUUGGGAAUGCCACUGUUUCCUCCAUUUGGUUUGCCUCCUAUGCCGAUGCCUCCUGCUGGCUUUGCGGGUAUGACAGAAGAGGAGUUGAGGGCAAUGGAAGGUCAUGAGAGGCAGAAUCUGGAAUCCAGGCUUCAGUGUCUUCAGAACAUUCAUACUCUUCUAGAUGCUGCCAUGUUACAGAUAAACCAAUAUCUUACGGUGUUGGCAACCAUCGGGCCCCCUCGUCCUCCCGUGCCCUCUACACAGUCUCCAUUAGUCACCACAGAUGCGGUUGUAUCAUCCAGUCAGCCGGAAGAAACUCCCACUUCAGAUACACCCUCAGCUGACCCCGAUCCCUCCCAGUCAGUUCCAGAGGAAUCCACCAGUGAAGAGAUGAUCCAUGACUCUGAAGCUGGCACUUCAACAGAAGAACCAGAUGCUGUAGAGCUACGAAGGCGAAGACUUCAGAAACUGGAAACCGGCACCUCUGAAUCUCAAUGAGGCUUUGCUUCUGAACUCAUGGGCACAAAUGAACUGUGUACGGGACAGAAGAGGAACUUCUUUUGGACUAUGAAUAAGAGCCUGACGUGACUAAAGCUGGACUUCUAUAAAUAUAUAUUUUUUAAGGACAUAAUCCAGGCUCUUCAUGAAAAUGCUUAUUAAAUGGGGAAAACUUGUGACCUCAUUAAAUGUGUUGGACUUGUUUCAGUAAAAUUAAAUAUUGGAUUGGUCUAUUUUACUUUAGAACCUUUAAUUUAAUUGUAAAUGCAUUAUUUUAGCGAUUAAAGGGAAUCUGUUACCAUGAAAUUCACUGAUAAACCAGGUACAAUGCCUUGUAGGACUAGCUCAGAUGAAUGUAGUAAUAUGCACCAAAGGCGGGCAUGUAGACAGCACGUCACACUUUUGGUCCAGUGGGGACAGGAGCCACGGUGCUGGAACCAGAACGCUCUGGCAAGGUGUUUUAGUUUUUUUCCUAUUUUUACAGCAUGUUAAACUUCUUGGCAAUUUUUUGCCAGUCGGACAACGCCGUUAAGGAUCACAUUACUGGUUCUAUGAAAUAGUAACAUAGUAUUUAGGGCCGAAAAAAAGACAUUUGUCAAUCCAGUUCGGCCCGUUAUCCUGCAAGUUGUGCACAAAAAUGUGAGGAAGAUGUAUCAAAACUGUUUUACAGUAAAACUGCCUUUGUUGCCCUUCUGUCAGUCACAGCGAAACUUUCAUUUCUACAGCUGCUUUGGUAAAAUGAAAGCAGUUGCAAUGGGCAACAGACAAUUUUAAUCGUAGACCAUUUUGAUAAGUCUUCCCUUUGUGAUUAUUUUUUGUUUUCCCUUCCUGUAAUUUUUCAUAGAGAUUGAUCAUUGAUGGAUGAGGCGACAAAUGAAAGAAUAAACUGCUCAAACACCACAUUGCUAGUAGUGAACGUAUCAAAGUAAAAGGCACAUUCAAAGUAAGCUGUAAUUAGAAAUGGGAAGACCAUAAUAAAUGAACAUCUCAAGGAGCGCUUUCCCACCAUGUUACUGAGCUGUUUGGGCAUCUAGGGUUCUUGAUUAUAGGAAUAAGUACACUUGGCCAUCGAUGUUUGGCGGGGUUCUGACUUGUGAUCUAACCAAAGGGUCAAAACCUAGCAAUGCAAGCAUUUGACUAUUAUACACUAUUGUUGAUUUACACAAAGGGACCUCCAAUGGCGAUGUCAUUCCCCAAGAUUCCUCUCGCAUAUCCAUUGGGAAUGCCCUACACUCGAUGCCCUAAUUAAAUGUUUCAUUAGAACUCGAUAUAUUUACUCGGUGUACUCCCAGGGAUGCAGGAAAGCAAUCCUUUGAGCUGCUCAUUCACGUUUUAACUGCCUCCUGAUCUCUUCUAGUACAUCACUGAAGCAGUUAUCCUCAUGAUCCGAUCUAAUGAGAAUAUGUAACAACUAAAGCACCUUAAUGCUACACUUAAUAGACAACUAGACCUGUAUAAAUCAAUUUGGGAACCUUGGGACUACUUCUGAGGUCAGUAAAAUCGCUGACAACACCCCUUUCCACUCAUCAAAGUUCAUCAUUCUUGUGGAAUGAUGUAUCCUGUUUCUUGGGGGGGAUUUUUUUCAUUUACAUCUCCAUACAUGAGCCUUGCCUAUCUUUCUUUUUGUUUUCUUUAUUACUAACCUGUGACGGCUGUAAUUGGAAGACCUUGGCAAUACUUGACUAUGCAUUCACGUAAUACCUUAAUUUCAUACUUGGCAAUGUGACUUGCAGGGUACUAUAAUUCGGAACACGCUGUAUGAUACUCUUAUAAUGUAUGUUUACCUGAUGUAGAGUAUACAAGAAUCACUUUGUUUUAAUUCAACAUAUUUCUUUUUUUGUCCUAUUAUUUUUAAUGAAAUUUUUCAAUAAAAGUUAAUAUAUAAAUAUA